GAAAAUCCUACACGGCAUAGCACCGAAAAAUGAAAUUAGAUGCCUCAUGAAAUCAUUGGUGACAUACUCACGUUGACGUACUUUGACAACCUCCUAAAUUUGAGGGGCUAGAGAAACCAUUAGAUCACCCCCUUACAAUUCCUUGGAUUUUGGGAGAUUCGCUGUCGAUAGAUAGAGACAAAGGAAGGAAGAAAGGGAAAAUUCAUAUAGGAUUGUAAAAAAUCUGGGUAAUAAUUAACAAGAUCCCACCUCUUGCUGCAUUGCCCACCAACUGUUUGAUAAAAUUCCCCUGUCACUAAAUUUCUAUCAAUCUAUCUAAUGUGAUGAAUCAUGAAUGUUGAUGAUGGAUGUUAGAUAAAUGCCAUGGAUGACAAAAGAAAAACUCUUUCGAGACGUAAUAGUAUGCCCCCUGAUGGGGUUUCUUCGUGGAAUAAGUAUGGGUCACAAUCCACACGCUCAUCAAAACCCGAGAGGCUAUAUAGAGUUUGGCCCGGCAACAAUAGAUUUCUUUGUGGUGGGAGAUUGGUACUUGGUCCUGAUGCGGGAUCCUUGUAUUUAUCUUCAUUUUUGAUAGGAUUUCCAGCUAUUACCUUUUGUAUAAGGAUGCUCGUUAGGAUCAAAGAACAUGAUCCCCUGUAUGGAUAUGGGGUGCUUACUGCAGGUGUCAUUCUCACUUUUAUGGAUUUGUUGUUCCUCUACAUGACAUCUGUUCGAGAUCCAGGAAUAAUACAAAGAAACUAUAAUCAAGUGUGUGAUGAUGUUUCGGAGGCUUCAUCAAGGGAAUUGGUAGCUGGAAAGUCUGAUAGUCUAAAGAUUCCUCGCACUAAGGAUGUGACUAUCAACGGAUACACAAUUAAAGUCAAGUUUUGUGAUACUUGUAAGCUGUACCGCCCACCCCGUGCUUCUCAUUGUUCUAUAUGCAACAACUGUGUGCAGAGAUUUGAUCAUCAUUGUCCUUGGGUGGGUCAGUGUAUUGGACUACGUAACUACCGUUUCUUCAUCUUCUUCAUAUCUUCAUCAACGUUCUUGUGUAUAUAUGUGUUUACAUUUUCAUUGAUCAACCUUCUUCGAAGAAAGAGAAGCCUCGUGCAUUCUAUGUCGCGUGAUAUUGUAUCAGUCAUUCUAGUCAUAUAUUGCUUUAUAGCUGUAUGGUUUGUUGGUGGGCUUACCCUCUUUCACUUCUACUUGAUGUCAACCAACCAGACAACUUAUGAGAAUUUCCGGUACCGGUAUGACAAGGGGAAAAACCCCCAUAAUUUUGGUGUGUUCUACAACGUAAAACAAAUCCUAUUCACGAAAACGCCACCUUCAGCAAUCAAUUUCAGAGAGAUGGUUCUUGUAGAAGAUGUUAUAAUACCAACAACUCCAAGUGAGAAUGAAAGCUUUAGUGGAUUCAGGAAAGAUUCAGAUGUGGAGAUGACACAGAGACUGACACGAAGUGGGCGUUGGGUGGUUCCAAGUAACUUGCAGAACUUGGAUUAUGCAGAUAUUGAUGACAAGUUGAAGAAAGUAGAUAACCAAUUAGAAGCUUCAAAUGAUCAGUUUCUAAUGGCCCCACAAGGACAAGCUCCUGCACAACAAAGAUAUCAAGUCACAUCUCGAGAUGCUGCUGUUGUCACAAUUAAUAACAGAGAACGUUGAUGUGAAUCCCCUGAUUGUGAAUCAAGGUUGAAUUAGGUGAUUGCAAAUUCAUGGUUGAAUCAAGUGAGAAUGCUUCUCAUACAUGAUCCUCUAAUGGCAGCAGGCUGGCGAGAUACUGUAAAAUCAAGAGGGUUUUUAGAGAUUUAGACGAUGAAGGAAAAGACUUGUCAUGUAUGUACCAAAAGAAGCUAGAAACAGCUGAAUUCCAUGUUCUGGUGGCACCAAGAGUGUAAUAGGGAAAGAUUCAACAAACAGAAAAGGGUAGCCAUCUUGUAAAAUGCAAUUUUAUGUCUCCUUUAUAUUCUUCGAAAAUUCUUCUCCUGAAAUAUUUUCCUACUCUUUUAGAGACCAAAUUUGUAUAUUUUUCAUAAACUUAGAACUUUUUGUAUAGCUUUUUAGGCAGGGAAACA